AAAUCUUAAUAAAAUACUUAGGGCCGUAUGCAUAGUCCGACACUUAAGGUGCACCUAAAAUCAGUUAGGUAAUACCUAACUAUGGAGCAACUAGGUGUCACCUAGCUGCCCCUUAAUUUUUGGCUGCAUAGUUAAAAUAUAAGUAGCCCGUAGUUAGGUAUUACUUAAAUAUUGUUUUCCUUAAAAUGAAUGUAUUCUUCCAUGCUUAUCAGUAAUAUUUAUGAUAAUUGUCGGUGUUAUCACUUAUCACAUGAUCAAAUAAAUUAUUAAAAUUUUAUAUACUUUCGAGUUUUAAAUUGAAUAUUAUUUUUACUGACUGAUAUUUUUAAUCUGAAACUUGGGAGUAUCAUAAUGGAUUUAAAGAGCAACAUUUUAAAACGUGAAAGAGGGCCAAAUUGGGAACAUGAAGAAAAAGUAAUAUUUUUUCAUUGUUUCCAAAAAGUGGCUAACGUAUUAGAAGACAGUAAAAAAGACUUCAAUACAAACAGCAAAAAAAACAUUGCAUGGUUAAGUCUAAUGAAUAAUUGCAAUGCUCAUUCCAAUGUUAAAAAGAGGGAAAUAAGAAAUUUAAAAAAAUUCUGGGAGACGGAGAAAGCAAAAUCUCGAAAAGCAUUUACCUCAGAACGAUACAGCCGAAUGAAAACUGGUGGAGGUUGUGAAGACAAAAUUAAUGAUUCAAUAAACCCAGAUGUUGAAGAACUAAUAAGAAAACCACACAUAGUUGAAUGGAGUAAUUUUCAUGACAGUGAUUCUGUAGUUAUUGAUAAUCCUCCAUUUCACAAUAAAUUAACAAUACAACAAUUACUUAAUCAACAGUAAAGUCUAAUUAAAAAAAGGAAUAAUACAAUUAUUAAUUAUAACGACAAGUUAUAAUAUAGAUUAUAUGUUUGUUUAAUGAUAACAUCAAAUUAAACAUUUACGGGAUGGCUAGGUGAUGGAUAUUGACCACUUAACUUUACGGAUUACUUUAUGUAUCAGCAGAUCCAUAACUAUGACUAUGCAUUGCAAAGUUACGGGGAUUCUCUUAGGUGUCACCUAAAAUCCGUUAGGUGUUACUUAAAAUGACUAUGCAUACGGCCCUUAAAGUACCUACAUUUUAUAUAGACCUGAUAUUAUAAUGUCUAAAAUAU